AUGCCCGGCGCUCACUGCUCACCGCUCGAUGCCCGGUGCUCACCGCUCGAUGCCCGGCGCUCACUGCUCACCGCUCGAUGCCCGGUGCUCACCGCUCGAUGCCCGGCGCUCACUGCCCGCCGCUCACCGCUCGAUGCCCGGUGCUCACCACCCGCCGCCAGUCGGAGUUCUUCCACACGCCUCAGAUUCCGAAGCCGCGUCCCGGAUUUGCUCCUGGCCUGCGCCGUGGCGGUGCUGGCCGUCCACGGUGCCGGGAAUCUGGUCAACACUUACUACGACUUCUCCAAAGGCAUCGACCACAAGAAGAGCGACGACCGGACUUUGGUGGACCGCAUCCUGGAGCCACAGGACGUGGUGCGGUUCGGCGUGGUGCUGUACACGCUGGGGUGCGUGUGCGCCGCGUGUCUCUACUUCCUGUCCAAGCUGAAGUUGGAGCACAUGGCGCUCAUCUAUUUCGGGGGCCUGUCCAGCUCGUUCCUCUACACCGGAGGAAUCGGCUUCAAGUACGUGGCCCUCGGAGACUUGGUGAUCCUCAUCACCUUCGGGCCCUUGGCGGUCAUGUUCGCCCACGCGGUCCAGGUCGGCUAUCUCUCCGUCACCCCCUUGUUGUACGCCGUGCCCAUGGCACUGAGCACGGAGGCCAUCCUCCACAGCAACAACACCCGGGACAUGGAGUCGGACAGGCAGGCUGGCAUCGUCACCAUGGCCAUCCUCAUCGGCCCGACGCUUUCCUAUAUGCUGUACAACCUGCUGGUCUUCUUCCCGUACGUCAUCUUCUGCAUCCUGGCCACCCGUUACACCAUCAGCAUGGCCCUGCCGCUGCUCACCAUCCCGCUGGCCUUUUCCCUGGAGCGCCAGUUCAGGAGCCGGAACUUCACCGGGGUCCCCCAGAAGACGGCCAAGCUCAACCUGUUCGUAGGACUUUUCUACGUGUUCGGGAUUUUGCUGGCACCCCCGGGCUCGCUUCCCAAACUCUAG